CCAGUCGUGCGAUCGCGUGCAGGCGUGUUUGUGUGGCUCAGUGCGGCCUUGGUCGCCAGACCCUUGACCGACGAUAUGACGAUCCUCAGUUACCUGCAAGGUCGAUAUUCGGACGACCCGCAAUCACUCGUCGUCGAUCUGCUGGUCGCCUCUUUUGACGUGCUCACGAAUUGCAUGCUCACUAAAGAGUCUCGCCAGGACGUCAAGAUCGUGCGCUCCUUCAUCUGCAACAAAUUGCCCAUCCUCAUCACCAUGGUGGCAAGCAAUAUGCAGCCUCCGUUGCAAUCCGAUGAAUGUAUCCAGAUGGCCCUGAUGCCGGGCGGCAUGAUCUCCAUCGACCCCUUGCCUCCACUUUCCACGGGUGCAACAGAUAUUCGGGACAGUCUGAAGACGACACGACUCGAGUUUCUCCAAGCCUGUGUGCUGCAUGGUCUCUUGACCGAGCAUACCGUCGCGCAGAUCUUGCAAGAAUCUGUCGCCUUGCCGAGAGUCGUGAAGCUCAACAAAGACAGCCUAGCGGCACAAUGUACCAACAAUACCAGCAAAUUGGGCGAGUACGUCGAGGAACUUGCGGGCAUGCAGGGCAACGUGGGCGCCAUUGCCGGCUGCAUCGUCGAUACAGUGACCAAUCUGUGUAUGAGUAAAGACACCAUGGCUCUCAAAUCGGUCUGCGAUAAGUUGAUUCGACGAAUCCCAUAUAUGGACUUUGUGAUGCAACAUACCCAACCGGGCAUGCUGCUGCUUCCGCUGUGCAAUCUCCUCAACGAUUGGGUACACGAUCAAGAUCAGACGGAAUUCACGCCCGCCUACGAGGAAUUUGCAUCGAUAUUGCUCUUCACCCUGGCCGUCCUCUACCGAUACAACUUGGCGUUCACCGAUGUCGGAAUCCAUGGCGAAAGCUUCAUCGCCAAGUUGCAAGAAGAGAUGACUGUCAGCAGACCACUUACCGAGCUCCAGCCUGAGCAAGCCUCACAGCUGACGCAAUGGAUCGAAGGGUUGUUCGCGGUCGAUGAGCAUGGUGAUACGAGUGGAAUUGGCGACGAUGUCAUGCGGCAAUGCUCUCCACAGGCUUUCUAUACGCUGGUGCCGACGCUGUUUGAGCAAAGCAUCCUCGCAUGCCGCAUGAAGGUACUGCCGAUGAACACACUCAAAUCCGGUCUCGAGCUCCUCCUGGAGCCUUUUCUUCUUCCCUCUCUGAUCAUGGGCCUCGGCUGGUUAGCGAAACAUUCGUGGGAGGACCACCACGACGCCGAGACGUUGAUCCACGUCCUCGAGAAACUGUUGAAACCAGCAAGCAACGCACCGGAAACCCAAGCCAUGCAUCGAGCAGUUCUCGCCAUGGUCGCUACACCACUCUACCAUUCUUUGGCAGAUUACUCGACCAAGCGCCCCAACAAGAAAGUGACGGAGUUGAUGGAGCUCCUCAAACCACAUCUCCACCAACAGAGAGCGGUACGGUGUCGACAAGGCGAGAUGGAGCAAUGGGUGCAGGCCAGCGGCAGUCUCGAAGGAUGUGUACAGCGGACCAUCCGUGAUUUGAUCACAUGGUCAGCCUCCUCCACUCGCCCUCCUAAUCCGCCACCACAGCACACGCCCAGGACCUUUGCUGUCGCAUGCCAACUACUGGACGGCGAUAAGCACCUGCAGCUGAUCAUCGCAGAGAUCAACAAGACCGAGUACGCCAACGUUCCGAUUGCACUCGAUGUGUGUACCUCCUUGAUCUGUGCGCCCGCACCGGUGCCAAUGGGAGCGCAACAAGCCACACACUGGACGUCGCCGACGGGACGACUGCGGUCACGCGUGCGUUUGGAGAGCUCCAACGCACAGGGUCUCCUCGACAAGCCCAAAAGCCAAGCGGCGUCACUUGUUCGGCUCGGUCGGCGAGUAGAGGCUCAAAUGUCAUUUGCGACGCAAAUUCCCGCGAUCACGAUG